CGGCGGCUGCCGCCUGCCCACCGGCGCGGUGCGCCGCGGCCUUCUAAGCCGCCGAGCCUGAGCCACCGCUGCUGCGUCCGUUCCGCACCGCCUGACAGCGGCAAACAAAAGACGCCGCGUCCACCCCCGCCCCUUUCACUCGAUCGCGGCUGGGCCCGGGCGGUCCCGCGCAGGCAGCGCCGGUAGGAGAAGCCGCCGCCCCGCUGCAACCAACCCGCGGCCCUCGGAGCUUCGGCAGGGGUCAGACUGAAGAAUAAUGAAUUAAAAUGGCUGAUAUGAUGACAACUGUAAGACAGAGAAGGGUUGGAAAAGUCACAGAAGGAACUGAAGAACAGCCUUCAGAGGAGAAGAGUGUAAAGCCUGAAGGAAAAAUUCUGUCUGAUCAUACAGGUGGAAAGCUGUGGAACAUACUCUCCAUAACUGUUGGUGGAAUUGUUGCCAUCUCUCUUGGACUUCUUACUUCUGUUUACGUUGCUACACUGCAUGAAAAUGAUCUGUGGUUUUCCAAUAUUAAGGAAGUGGAAAGAGAGAUUUCAUUCAGGACAGAAUGUGGACUUUAUUACUCCUACUACAAACAGAUGAUUCAGGCUGCUUCCAUCCAGCAAGGUUUACAUGGUUUAGUAUAUGACAAUAAAACUGAAUCUGUGAGGACAAUUAACAUACUUGAAAGAAUGAAUGUUUACCAGGAGGUGUUUCUCAGCAUUCUGUAUAGGAUUCUUCCAAUUCAGCAAUACCUAGAGCCUGUUUAUUUUUAUAUCUACACUUUGUUUGGACUUCAGGCAGUUUAUGUCAUUGCUCUGUAUGUAACAAGCUGGCUUCUUAGUGGAACGUGGCUUUCAGGGUUGUUGGCAGCUUGCUGGUAUAUUACAAACAGAAUAGAUACUACAAGAGUAGAAUUCACCAUUCCUUUAAGAGAGAACUGGGCACUACCAUUCUUUGCUGUUCAGAUAGCAGCCAUCACAUACCUACUCAGAGCUAAUUUACAGCCUGCUCGACAAAAACUGACAUUUAUGGCUGUAUUUAUAGCAACAUUUCUCUUUAGCCUGACUUGGCAAUUUAAUCAGUUUAUGAUGCUGAUACAAGCAUUGGCAUUAUUUGUACUAGACUGCUUUGACUUGCUUCCCACAGCAAAGGUUACAUGGCUUUAUAUCAUUCAGAUUUCUGGAUUGCUGCUAGUCUGUGUCUUACAGUUCUUUAAUUCUAUGAUUCUUGGAUCAUUACUUAUAAGUUUUAAUGCUUCUGUCUUGAUAGCAAGAACAAUCCAGAAAAACCUAAAAAAGGGUCCCUUGCUUAAUAGGCUUGGGAAACUUAUCCUCCAUGUACUAUUAGUCUUGUGCUUGACUCUCCUAAUGAAUAAAUUCAUCAAGAAAAUUCUUAAUCUUGAGUCAGAUGAGCAUAUAUUCAAAUUUCUGAAAGCAAAAUUUGGAUUUGGGGCAACAAGAGAUUUUGAUGCUAACCUGUAUCUUUGUGAAGAAGCUUUUGGUUUACUGCCAUUAAAUACUUUUUCAAGACUCUCGGAUACAUUACUUUUUUACAUCUACGUAUUUGUUCUCUUAUUUAUGACAGUAACAGCUGUAAUUGUUGCCUUUCGGAACCUCAGUGGCUCAAAUCAAGUCCAGUUGAUAGAAAAAAUGGGCGAAUGCACAAUAAUAUUGAAGCCUGAUGCUGCUUACAACUUGGUUCACACAGUUCUUUUUGGAUGUCUGGCAUUAAGCACAAUGAGAAUGAAGUACCUCUGGACAUCCCACAUGUGUGUGUUUGCAUCUUUUGGCCUGUGCAGCACGGAAGUAUGGAAACUUGUCCUGAAGUGUAUUCAUCUCUACACACCACAGAGGAUGUGCAUGAUGAAAUAUUCCAUACCAGUAAUUACGUUACUAUACAUUUCAUAUAAGUUCUGGCCAGGAAUAAUGGAUGAACUGUCAGAGCUGAGAGAAUUCUAUGACCCAGACACUGUGGAGCUGAUGAACUGGAUUAAGUCAAACACUCCAAACACAGCAGUGUUUGCUGGGAGCAUGCAGCUAUUAGCAGGAGUCAAACUGUGCACUGGACGGACCCUAACUAAUCACCCCCAUUAUGAGGAUAAGAAUCUGAGAGAGAGAACAAAACAGAUUUAUCAGAUCUAUGCCAAGAGAUCCCCUGAAGAUGUUUACAGAAUACUGCGCUCUUUUGGCACAGACUACGUCAUUCUAGAGGACAGCAUUUGCUAUGAAAGACGACACAGUAGAGGCUGUCGGUUACGUGACUUACUUGACGUAGCUAAUGGCCAUAUCAUGGAUGGUUUGGGGGAGAAUGAACCCGAUUUGAAACCUUCGACGUAUCCUCGCUUCUGUGAGGAAAUUAAAAAAAACCUGCCUUCUUACACCACACACUUCAUUAGAGUGUUUCAAAACAAAACAUUCCAUGUUUACAAGCUUGCUAAGCAUAAAUAACAUUCCCAACCCUUUGAGCUCAGUAUUUUAAUGCUAGGACCCACAUUAGAAAUGCAGGAGUUUACAAACACAUUACGUUUGUAAGACAUUUUACAUUGAUGGUUUCUUGUUUAAUAACUGUGAUUUAUUUUUUUUUAGACAGUUUAGUUUUGAUAACAUUCUUGAUGUUGCCAAAAGUUUCAUAGAUUCAUAAAAAAUGCUAGCAGGGACCAUUUUGAUAAUAAUUUUCCAGUUUUAACUGACUGAUUAAACACACUGAACAGCCUGCUGACCACUGCUGUGUAGCUGACCAACAAGUUCUGCUCAGCAGUUUGGAUUUUUAUUCUCAAUAGCAGGCCAUGCUACUCUGGUCCUGAGGAUGCAUUAUCUUUGUGAAUCCUGAAAACAGUCACAGAAAUUAUGUUUUUUCUUACAGUCUGAUCCUUUUUAGACAGAUCCUUGUGCUCUUUCAGUGCCUCUUUUUUGAAUUUUUUGGGAAUGUUUGUGGAUAUGAGUUUCAGAGUGCAGAUGUAGUAAUGUUAACCAUUUCAUGAUGGAGUGUUAUGUAUUUCUAAUGAGAAUGAAGGUUGGAGCAUGCUUGAUACAUGUUGCAUGUUUGUAUCCUCAUAAAAUGCUUAGAGCAAACAAAACUCCAGAUUUCUCAGCGUGGAUUCUCACAAUGCUAUUUUCUGUAUCUGCUUUCUGAACUACAGGGGAUCCUUUUUCUGUGUCUGAAUUCCAGUAGGCUACCAAAACUGAACACUGCCAACCUUAGAAAAGAAAAACUCAUCUCUAAAAUCAGCAGGGAACUAGGCUUUGCUUUAUGUUAUUUCAGACACAAAGCUAUAUAUUUUAGCACAAAAUCACUGUGUCCUUGCUCUUUAGCCUAGAAUUCUACACUUAUUUUAAAUUGACUUAGAAGAUUCAGUGAAGACAGGCUCAAUCCUGACAACUUUGUGAUUUGUUUGUACCCUUUGUCUUUUUACCAGCUGGAACUUUGUGAAUUGUAUUGACUUUCUAAACACUCUGUAGAUUACACAUGACUUUUGCUGUGGUUUAGCACUGCUUUGGUUUUAUACUGAAAUUGGACAUUAAAUCUGAUUGAAAGCCUAACAGUACUUUCCAACUUUAAUUAGACAUUCACUAGGAUCAUUUGUUUCUUAAGAAAAAUAGAAUUGUAAUAAUCAAGUGCCUCUAGGCCAAUGUUGAAUUAACAUUUGAACACCUAUAGGAGUGUUUGUGGCCUGUGCAAAUAACUCAGUUAUAAUCAUUACCACUGCAAUUAAUUUCUAAUGAUGGGAAACUUAAAGUGCUACUGAUAGCAAACCCCACAUCUAAUUUAAUCAGGACGUGUAAUGAGAUUAGCUUUCACAACUGAGCUGUGUUCCAGUUCCAAAUGAUUUAAGUGUUUUCCCUUUUCAGUUGUGCUGAGGUAAAUUACUGAAGCAAUGGAGAUGGUUAUGUCACAUGCUCAAACAAUUUUAUAAUGGUAAAUACCCAUUAAACAAUGUUCAACAUUUUUCUGCACUUCAUGCUAACAGAGGAGGGAAGUGUGCUUUAAUCACACUGUAUUUAAAUCAAACAAUGAAAGUCGUGAGGUUGUUAAACUGAGCAGCUGAAACUCCUGAGUAAUUUCUAAGCCUGUGUCCCUUACUGAGGAUGGAGACCACUGCAGUUUGACAUAAUGCAAUAAUAAAACUUUUUAAUCAGUAUUAAAACUUUAA